CAUCUUACUUAAUCUCCAAAAAAAGCAUUCCACUCACCUUCAUAACCUUCUCGACAGACCUCGACAUCUUCCUGACAGACCUCGAAACGUUUCGCGCCACUGAACUCACUCAUCCAUAAUUCAGUAAAAUGACGGAAACGCACUCGCGUAACAACGCAUCCUUCCCGAAUUAACGGCGCGAUCGCGAGUCAGCUUUUUGCCGAUUCGAGCUGAACAGAUUAUGUCCAGAAAGUCGCACACGUGCCCGCGUACGCAUCGUACGUUUUGUGUUACGCAGCCCGUGGAACACACACGGAACGGACGUAACAAGCGUUGGCCGCUUCCUAGCUUUUACGUAACCGUAAAGUCGAGCGACUUUGCUCUCCCACCUCGGUGGCUUUUCACCGGGUGCUUUUGGCCACCUCGGUUCGUCCUUUAUAAGCACACAUCCCUGGCCGUUCAAAGCCAGAAACGUAUCGACAACCGUGAAACGGUCACCGUCUUCGGAGUCAUUUUCUAUUUUUUUUUUUCAAUUCGAAACCUUCGACGUUUCGCGGGUUAGCGACGAGUUUCAGAGGGUAGAAGCUAAAGAGUCUAGACAGCCGAGCAAGAUGCGCUCCCAGUCCUUCGCCCUGAUCGUGUUCGGAAUAUUCGCCGUGGUAGUGUCUUCUCCGGCACCUGGAUAUCACGGUUCGCACCACCACGUACGUAUCCACGUGCCUUAUCACGUGCACACGGUCCAUCAUCAUCACGUGAAGAAGGUACCCGUGCACGUUGUCGAGAAGGUCCCUGUUCCCGUUCCAAUUCCGAUUCAUCAUGUGAAGAAGGUGGCUGUUCCGGUACCAGUGCACCAUGUUGAAAAAGUACACGUUCCUGUUCCAAUUGUCGAGAAGGUUCAUGUACCUGUACACGUACCUGUUCACGAAGAGAAGCCAUGGUGGUGAUGGGAGCGCACCGUCUUUCGGCUUGUUAUUGCUUAGGUUGUAAAAUGAGGGCAUUCGGGUUACUGAAGUUCCAUCUCUGAUUUCGUUUGACCCACUUUUCGGAAGUAUGCACGAUAGAAGAAAAGAGUAUAAAAUAGUACAAAAUAACUCGAAUCGCCUGUCUUAGUCAUUUAAGUAUGUAAUAUAGGAUUAUCGUCACUUGGUAUGCACAUGUGUGUACUCAGUUCAAAGAUACUUGUACAUACUGUAUUAUGUUACAUUAUUUUUUUAUACAAUACACGUGUUUAACAAA